GUCUGUGAAGGAUAUGGCAUCUCGACCAUGUACGAUACCUGUUUCCACAAAUGGUGUCAUAGAGAUGCUCAUGAAAUGCAGCAUUGUGCCGAGGCAUGGAGGGAUGCUUUGACAUCAACAGAGCGAGAAAAGCUGUUCAAGGAUCAUGGUGUAUGCUGGUCUGAGCUGUGGAGAUUGCCGUAUUGGGAUUCUACUCAAAUGCUUGUUAUCGACAGUAUGCACUGUGUCUUGGAGGGUCUUGUUCAUUAUCAUUGCCUUCAUGUUUUGGAAAUUGAUAUUAACAAGGUGGGUAAAGCGAGAAAAAUGGUCCCCACUUUCGAUUACCCCUGGAUCAAGUAUUCUUUGGACACAACCACCGAUCUGCAAUGCCCCAUGAAGCAUGAUAAGGAAAUCUCUCAUAUUGGCCACAUCCACAGGAUGUUGGAACUUCCACUAGGAGACGGACUGCCGCUUGAAGACAGAGACACUGUAGACAUUAUGGUCGAACAGCUAGGUGCAAAGUUGAAACAGAAGAAUGCUUCACCCCUCAAAUUUGUCUGUCGCACACUCAACUUACCAAGGACAUACAGAAAGAAAGUUAAGGGCUCUUGGAAGCAAGUUGAGGUAUCAGCAAAAGAUGAUCUCAUAGAUUUACUCAUCGAAUGGCGUCUUAAACAAUGCAUGACAUUGGGCGAAAUCCACAAUGUACGAUCUGUUGAUAAGGCAACCAUUGAGCACAUCCAAGCAGUCAUCAAGGAUACUGCGACUCCAUCAUGGAUCAAUUCUGUCCCCGCUAAUUAUGGAGUCGCAUUGGCAGGUACCAUCAAGGCAGAUGAAUGGCGUACGCUGAGCACCAUUUACCUUCCUAUCGCUCUCGUUACACUAUGGGGUGACGACGAUGGUCAUUCACUGGCAGAGGGUUCUAGAUCUCUCGAAGUUCUGGACCAUACCAUGGCGCUCUUUCAAGCC